AUGAUCUUUCACGAUGCUUCUGUCAUUUUUACUUGCAACAACAGUUAUUGAAUUGGGGGGAUCUUGACGCAGAGGCGGUGGUGCCUGAAAGGCGUGACGUGGAUGCGUGUAAAAUGAGUUACUUCUCGCUGCUUCCAGGGUUCAACGACGACCCGGAUGAACUCGCCGUGCACUUCACUGCGACGUGGUCGAUGCCGUCACGUGAUUAUAAAAAGAGUCCUGCUGGGCAUGUGACACAGUUGACGUUGCCGCAGGGAUGUUUCACUGGACUGCAGCGUGUCCUGGCGAAGCUCGCAGGACGCUCCGGGAAUCAUCCACUGCGGCGGCGCACCGUCUUUGUUGGAAUUCACCCGUCGAGCAUCAUGAAGGACCCGUCGAAUGUACUUUCGUUCAAUAGGCGUUUCUGCGGUUUGAUGUGCGGUUUGGCCAUUGUUGUGCUUGUAAUAAGCGGCCUAAUGGUGCUGGUGACAGUCUUGUUCAUGAGCUGCAGGCGAUGGAAUGCCGAAUAUUGGAUAGAUGAGGAACUGGGGCAGGCCGGCGCAGUCGGUGGCGUCAGUAACUCUGACCACACGAGGCGCAGCAGUCUUUCGAGGCCGCGUUCGAGUGAGGGCCCGGAGAGGAAAAAGCCGGAGGCGUCGCAGCUGCGAAAAGCAGGAGCAGCAUCCGGGAGACGUGCAUCCAGGGCCCCUGCGGUGGGAUUUCGUUGA